AUGGGAAAAGUGAAGAAAAUAAAGCCGUCGCAAGUAGGAAGGAAUCCGGCCUUAGCUGAUCAAAUAGAGGCAGUAAACGCCGUAAAGAUUAAGAACCGCAAUAAAGAGAGGAACAGGCAUGAUGAUGAUGAAGAGUUUGUUAAUUCUGAUUUAUCCAAAAAAAUUCUCAAAGCGGCUCGACGUCAGCAAACUGAAUUAGGUGAUGAGGAAGGAGGCCCAUCACCUGCAAAGCAUGUGGUUCUCCAUCCAACAUUUAAAGAUGUUGAUUCUGGUGAUGAUGAAGAAGCUGAUUCAGAUAAUGAUGAUUUGGAGCCAGAUGCGUACUGUGACAAUGUAGACAUAGAUGAAGAGGAUGAGGCAACAAUGAGAAUGUUUAUGUCAUCAAAACCAGAGAGGACACGGACAUUAGCCGAUAUAGUCCAAGAACAUGUUACUGAAGUACAAACACAGUACUCAGAUGUAGAAACAUUAAAAUUGCAGAAUAUUGAUCCAAGAAUAAAAGCAAUGUAUGAAGGUGUUAGAGAUGUGCUAAAAAAGUACAGAUCAGGGAAACUACCUAAAGCAUUCAAAAUGGUGCCACAUUUACAGAAUUGGGAACAAAUAUUGUAUAUCACAAACCCUACUACAUGGUCUGCAGCUGCUAUGUAUCAGGCAACUAGAAUAUUUGCAUCAGCAAAAGAAAAAAUGGCACAGCGUUUUUACAAUUUGGUAUUACUCCCCCGCAUCAGAGAUGAUCUCUCAGAGUAUAAACGCCUGAAUUUCCACCUAUACCAAGCUCUGAGGAAAGCACUUUUUAAGCCUGGUGCUUUUAUGAAGGGUAUCUUGUUACCCUUGCUUGAGGCUGGAGAUUGCACGUUGCGAGAAGCAAUUAUAGUUGGAUCUGUGUUAGCCCGUAACUCAGUGCCUGUACUACAUUCCAGUGCAGCAAUGCUAAAAAUAGCAGAAAUGGACUAUACAGGCGCAAAUUCUAUAUUUUUAAGAAUACUCUUUGAUAAAAAGUAUGCUUUACCCUAUAGAGUUGUGGAUUCAGUGGUAUUUCACUUUAUAAGAUUUCAAAAUGAUAAACGGACUCUACCAGUAUUGUGGCAUCAGUCAUUUCUAACAUUUGUCCAACGUUACAAAGCUGACAUAUCUACAGAACAAAGAGAUGCAUUAUUGGAAUUGUUGCGAAAGCAGUCUCAUCAUACAAUUACACCAGAGAUUCGAAGGGAACUACAUGCAGCAAAAUGUAGAGAUGAGGAAGUCAAUAAAAUAGCAGAGAAUGCUAUGUUAGUCGAAUAA